UUGUAUUUUUUUUUUUUGUUAUCGAAUGGAGAUAUAUUGAAUAACGCCUAUGCAUAUGCAUUUGUAUCAUAAAAAUAGGUUAAGUUUGUAUUCUACGAACUAGAACAGAAAUAAUAUAAAAAAAAAAACUGAUGAAAAAUGUCUACUUCAUCAUCUCAUGCGGAAAAAGAUCUUGAUUUGGCUAACGCAGACCGUGGAGUUUGGCUUGUAAAAGUACCGAAAUAUAUUGCCAGCAAAUGGGAGAAAGCACCUGGUAGCAUUGAAGUAGCAAAACUUAGAAUAACAAAACAUUUUAAACAAAAAGCAGAAGUUACAUUAAAACUUUCAGAAGCUGUUUUAGCACUUAAAGAACCUGGUGAACAUGAUAUUCCGAAGCAACAUAAACUUGACGUUACUACUGUGAUACAGCAAACUUUAGGAGUUUUUUCUCAUCUUACUCCUAAUAAUAAUUCCGAUGCUAUUGUACCUGAAACAGAAAAACUGUUUAUGGAAGGAAAAAUUGUUCAAAAACUGGAGUGUCGUCCACAUGCUGAUAAUACCUAUAUGAAAUUGAAACUUGAGAGUAUUAAGAAAGCUUCGAUCCCACAAAGACAAGUGCAACAGCUACAAAGAGCAGUGCAAAAUUUCAAACCAGUUUCCGAUCAUAAGCAUAACAUUGAGUAUGCCGAGAAAAAGAAAGCUGAAGGUAAAAAAAUGAGAGAUGACAAAGAUGUUGUGCUAGACAUGCUGUUUGCAGCUUUUGAAAAGCAUCAAUAUUACAAUAUAAAAGAUCUUGUAAAAAUAACUAGACAGCCUGUGGUUUAUCUUAAAGAAAUUUUAAAUGAAGUAUGUAAUUACAAUUUGAAAAAUCCUCAUAGAAAUAUGUGGGAAUUGAAACCAGAAUAUAGGCAUUAUAAGAACGAUAAACUUACCAAUACAGAAAUGAAUAAAAAUAAUGACUCCGAUUAAUGAUUUUAAAGUAAAAGUAUAUU